CUCCCCCCACAUACAGGUCGGGUUGUCUAUAGCAACAAGAGUUCCGGUUUAGAACGGUCCGGUCAACCUCACUCCGCACAUACAGACAAAUACACCAGGUGGCCCCCCCCCAUUCCCUGUCCUGAGAUCUAGAUGACCGAUGAUCUGACCGGAAGUCGGAGCCCUUAAUAUAAUUCUUACGGAGAAUCUAGCGCAGUUUACCAUUGAACCCAGAGCAGUUCCAACCUCUCAGAUCUAACUAUAACUAUAGCUUAUACUACCCGUGACAUUGUAGAAUGGAGUUCGAUCUUGUGAAAUGGAGACUUCAACUUCUUUCCCUGGGUCUUCAGGCUAGGUUCCCACUCUGGCCUCCAGGUUAUGAACAAGUAAACUCUAAUCCAGAAUUUUGGAAAGCUGAAGACCUCGCGGACUCGAGACAUUAUCCUGAGGAUGAUUUAUCCUCCCACCGGUCAUCUCCUGGGUUUAGGACAGAUUCUGUAUCUCCUCCCAGUACUAAUAUUCCUUUCUUCUCUGUACCAUCGGUUAAUUCAAACUACCUUGAACCUCAGGACCAACCGCUUGAUUUAUCUAUCAAGUCUUUACGUGCAUCCAGUCCAUUCUCUGACCGAUUUAGCCCCUAUCUAGGGUCCCCCACACCCUGUAGUCCAAAAGUGUCCUCAAGAACCAUAAAUCCAACCUUGCUAAACUUAAGCAAUCUGAGUUAUAGAUGUGAACACUGUUAUAAAGAAUACAGUAAUCGGAGCAAUCUUGAUCGUCACAAAUUGACCCACAGAACCAGGAAUAAGUGUGAUCUAUGCAGUAAAUCUUAUGGAAGCUCCUCUGCUUUAUCAAUGCACAUGAGAACCCAUGGAGGCGGCUGCAAAUGUCAAUUCUGUGGAAAAACUUUCUCUCGUCCAUGGUUGCUCCAGGGACACAUAAGAACACACACGGGAGAAAAACCAUUUUCGUGUACUAUCUGCAGCAAAGGGUUUGCAGAUAAAAGCAAUCUGAGAGCACACACACAAACACAUUCCUCAGAAAAACCAUUUUCCUGCAACAGAUGUAGCAAAGCAUUUGCUCUGAAGUCUUAUUUGUCAAAGCAUGAAGAGUCAGGGUGUUCUCGGGGAAGGUCUGGAGGCAAGGGAUAAAACUGAAAUCUUUAUAAAAAUAAACAUAUGUACCUUCGCUUUAAUAUGUCAUGAAAUGUUUACUGUUUGAAAUCAUAUACAAAACAUCGUUCCAAGUUGUAAAUCAAUAUAUGUAUGUACAUAGUCCUAAAAAUAUACAUCUGUGUUAAUCUAACAUUUUUAUUUUAUCUUCAUAAAAAUAAAACAGAAAUUUUAGUAAUAAAUAAAAUCAAUAAAGGAAACCAAAAUCAAGAAACUUCUGCGCGCAAGAUAUCAAUAUUUAUAUUAUCACAUAAUUAAACACAUUUUUAAAUAUUUUAAAUGCUUUAUUA